AUGUCUCGCCCGGGACGUCGGCACUCCGCCAUGGCCCCUCCGCCUCCCGAUCCGCGGUCUGCGGUGAACCCUCCGGCUGUCGGCGAGGUCGAGAUUGUCACAGAUGGCCUGGAGAAACCCUCAUUGGACGACCGGUCAUACCGGGUCAUCCUUCUCCCUAACCAGCUCGAGGCUCUGAUAGUCCAUGAUCCCGACACGGACAAGGCGAGCGCUGCUAUGGAUGUCAAUGUCGGAAGCUUCAGUGAUGAGGAUGACAUGCCGGGGAUGGCCCAUGCCGUUGAACAUCUCCUCUUCAUGGGCAACAAGAAGUACCCGGUAGAAAAUGCCUAUCAUCAAUAUGUAUCAGCCCAUUCGGGGCUGACUAAUGCCUACACGGCAGCAACCUCCACCAACUAUCACUUUGAGGUCUCCGCCAAACCGAGCAAUGAGGAGGAGCCGUCAGCCACCAACCCGUCGCCGUUGUUGGGGGCGCUGGAUCGUUUUGCCCAGUUCUUCAUCGAACCGUUGUUCCUCGAGGACACCCUGGACCGCGAGUUGCGCGCGGUCGAUUCGGAAAACAAGAAGAACCUGCAGAGCGAUCAAUGGCGUUUGCAUCAGCUCAAAAAGUCCUUGUCGAAUCCGAAGCAUCCUUUUUGUCAUUUUUCCACUGGCAACUUGGAGACAUUGAAGACGGUUCCCGAGGCCCAGGGCGUCAAUGUCCGUGACAAAUUCAUCGAGUUUUACGAGAAACACUAUUCGGCCAACCGUAUGAAGCUCUGUGUCUUGGGUCGGGAACCCUUGGACGUGUUGCAGUCUUGGGUGGUUGAGCACUUCACGGCCGUCCCUAACAAGAAUCUUGCGCCGAACCGGUGGGAUCAGGAGGUGCCUCUCACCAAGGAACAGCUCGGGACUCAGAUUCUUGCGAAACCCGUCAUGGAUACGCGGGAACUUACCCUCACCUUUCCGUUUAUUGAGCAGGACCACCUUUACGACUCGCAACCGAGUCGAUACAUUGCCCAUCUUAUUGGCCAUGAAGGACCCGGGAGCAUCAUGUCCUACAUCAAGUCGAAAGGCUGGGCCAACGGCUUGUAUGCCGGAGCAUGGCCGGUCAGCCCUGGCACCCCGGAUGUCUUCGAGUGCCAGAUUACGUUAACAAAAGAGGGAUUGGAGAACUACAAGGAAGUCGUGAAGGCUGUUUUCGAAUACAUUGCUCUUCUGCGGGAGACGGAACCCCAGGAGUGGAUUUUUGAGGAGCAGAAGGGUUUGGCCGAAGUGAACUUCAGGUUCAGGGAGAAGACACAGUCGUACCGCUUCACAAGCAAGCUCAGCUCGUUCAUGCACAAACCGCUUCCGCGAGAGUACCUGCUGAGCGGGUACAGCCUUCUACGCAAGUUCGAUCCCAAACUUAUCAAGGACGGCCUUGAGUGCUUGCGGCCCGAUAACUUCCGUCUGACGAUCGUCUCACGGGACUUCCCGGGAAAAUGGGAGAAAAAGGAGAAGUGGUACGGAACCGAGUACACGUGCCAGCCCAUUCCCGCCGAUCUUAUGGAAGACAUCAAGAAGGCGGCGGCUAGUGGCCCCGAGAGCCGGACCGCCAAACUCCAUCUUCCGCAUAAAAACGAGUUUGUACCAACAAAGCUAGAGGUCGAAAAGAAAGACGUCAAGGAGCCAGCACUUGCGCCCCGAAUUAUCCGGAACGACCCGUUAGUCCGCACCUGGUUCAAGAAGGACGACACCUUCUGGGUUCCGAAAGCGACAUUGAUCAUCAGCUGCCGGAGUCCAGUCGCCACUGCUUCGGCGGCCGGCCGCGUGAAAUCACGUCUCUUUACGGACCUCAUCAAGGAUGCGCUAGAGGAGUACUCGUACGAUGCCGAGUUGGCUGGCUUGGAGUAUACCGUGACCCUCGAUUCGCGGGGUAUCUACCUUGAGGUGUCUGGCUACAACGACAAGCUCGCGGUCCUCUUGCAGCACUUGCUCAUCACCACGCGGGACCUCGAGAUCCGCGAUGACCGAUUCGACAUCAUCAAGGAACGUAUCAGCAGAGGAUUCCGUAACUGGGAGCUCUCAGCGCCUUGGACCCAGAUCGGUGACUACAUGUCCUGGCUGAACGUCGACCAAGGCUAUAUCGUCGAGGAGCUUGAGGCCGAGCUGCCCCACAUCACGCCUGAUGACCUCCGUGUAUUCCAAAAGGAGCUACUGGCCCAGAUGCACAUGGAGGUUCUUGCCCACGGGAACAUCUACAAGGAAGAUGCUCUUCGGCUGACAGACAUGAUCGAAUCGACUUUGAAGCCCCGGGUGCUUCCGCAGGCGCAAUGGAAGAUCCGCCGCGGACUGAUCCUUCCACCUGGAUCCAACUACAUCUGGAAGAAGAAGCUCAAAGACCCGGCCAAUGUCAACCACUGCAUCCAGUACUUCCUCCAUGUGGGCUACAGGGGGAACUACAAUGUCCGCGCGAAGGCGCUGCUCCUGGACCAGAUUGUGCACGAGCCAUGCUUCAACCAGCUUCGCACCAAGGAACAGCUCGGCUACAUCGUCUACUCGGGCACAUGGACCGGCGUCACCCAGUACGGUUUCUAUUUCGUCAUCCAGAGCGAGAAGACUGCUCCAUACCUGGAAACCCGGAUUGAGGAGUUCUUGAGGAUGGUGGCAAAGACGCUCGAGGACAUGAGCGACGCCGAGUUCGAAAGCAAUAAGCGCAGUGUCAUGGACAAGCGGCUGGAGAAACUCAAAUAUAUGGAACAAGAAAGCAACAGGCACUGGUCCAAUAUCCAUUCCGAGUUCUAUACCUUCGAUAUCGCCCCCCAGGACGCAGCGCACAUCAAGCCGCUCACCAAGGCGGACAUGAUUGAGUUUUUCAACCACUACAUCCAUCCGAGUUCGCCGUCGAGGGCGAAGCUUGCGGUCUACCUCGAGGCACAGGCCAGGAGCGACGUUUCCACCAAGGAGAUUUCGGAGCUGGUGAAGACGCUAGAGCUGGACUCCACCGCUUCUGCCAGAGCCGCUACCGAUCUCCAGGCCCGGCUGAGCGCCGCCAGCCCUGAUGUUGACAAGGAAGUAGCAGGUCUCCGAGACUACCUGCUCCACGAGCUGAAGGUGCCGGAGGCCAAGAUCGACGUUGCCGCCGAGGCGUGGCAGAAGAUCCAUGCCGCCCACGGGCCAGGGACUGAGGUGGUAAAGAACGCCGAACCGCCUUCGGCCAACGGGACCGUCCCGGUCUUCAUCGAUGAUGUCCGGUCCUUCAAGGCUAGUCUUCCGGCCAGCAACGGGGCCAGACCUCUAAGGGACCUCAGCGACAACCGACUAGGUAUUCCUCGAGCUGCUCACGGGCAGCUCACCUUCACCACGUCUUCCCAAAAGAAACGGAGGAUUACUCGCCAGUCGACAAGGGAGCAGCACCUCAAACCUGAGGAUCUGGUGCUGCCCUCCACCGAAGAAGACGCCGAUCCCACCUUCUCCUUCUCGGCAGCCUCCGUCUCGGAUCUGGGCACGCCCACCUGCCUUCGUGCCGAAUCACUUCCUGCCUCAGGCGUCCCACCCCGCUUGCAGAGCCACGGCACUUCGUUCGCCGACUCCCCGUCCUCCGCGGCAAGCUCUCCGUGCGCUGCCUCGGCCGAUCUGUCGACUGAUUUCGACCAGAACCCCGAUUCGGCUGAAGACGGCUCCGCCUUGCCGUUGCCAGAGUACGUCACAGCAGGAGACCGCUCCCCCAUCCAUCAAUCCGUUCGACGAGCUCUAAUGGGUGGCGCUGCUGAUCUCCCUCAACGAUCCUCUUCCCCUCUCAAGCGCCGGGCAUCCAGCAUGGAACCAGAGCAGAACGCCGUGGAAGCGACAGAGGACAUGGAUAUGAACGCAGCUCCGGACGCUCAGAGGACAGAGGCUGCCGGAGAGCGCAGGGAAGAAGACCGCAGGAAGGAGGCCGAGGAUUCCAGGGCGGCCCCGGCCGAUAUGAAGCCAGAGCUGCCUUUGCGAAAUGACAUACCCCCGUUCGACCAGCAGAUCAAGACCAUCGAGAUGCUCGUCAGCGCCUUCGCCGAGUCCCCCCUCAAAGAAGGCGAAGAAGCGUAUCUCGUAUCCCGACAGUGGCUCGGGAGGGCUCAAGCUUUUGGUUCCGAUGCAAAGCACUCCAGCAAGGCGGCGCCAGAAGGCGCACUCGGUCCCGUCGACAACUCAGAUAUCAUCCAAGCCAUAUUCACAGAUUCCAAGGGUGAACGCUGCGUCAAGUUAAAACCUGGUAUGGGCACCGAGAAUUUCGAGUUAUUUCCCAAGGAUGCGUGGGACCUCCUUCUAUCGUGGUACGGCUUGGUUUCUGGGCAAUCGCCCAUUAUACGGAUCGCCCACAACACAGCUCCUGAUUCUGUGAGCGUCCCGACCAUCCAGUUCGAGCUCCACCCUCCGGUGUUUACGAUCCACCGGCUGUGGUCUGCCAACAGCCCCAUUCCGAUAGAACAGAAAACCAAGCUGGAGAAGCCGGCACCUCCCGUUGUAAUCCAGAGCACCUCGUUCGGCUAUCAUAACUUUCUGAAACAAAUCAAGGAGCUUGUCGGCGUGGCACCGGACAAGAAGGUCCGUGUCUGGAGACUGCUCCAAACCAUUCCCGCCACGGAGCCCAGCUCUGAGCCGUCCGGGAUGAAGACCCCUCCUGAUUCACCAGGACGCGGCCCGGAAAUCCUUACUCACCCCCCAUCUGUCCCUGGAGCUUGGCCAGAGAUGCUUGUCGACGUGGAGACGUUUUUGAAGUUGGAGAAGGACGUCGAGCGUGGCUUGGUGGACGCUGAAGACACCACGACCAACUCCAACUACAACGGCAGAAAGAGUCUCGCGUUGGUUGGUCUUGCUGUUGACCAGACACUUGUUCUGGACGAGCAGAUUGACCGCGAUGCGUACGUUUCCACCUACAGGGGCAGCGCCAUCAAGGACAAGACGUUAGCGACUCGAGGCAGUUCGACCAGCCUGGUUGCUCAAACUCGUGAUAAUACCAGUGGACGCAGCAGCCCGGCGCCGCAGGGUGCUCAGACGAGAGGUCGGGCGCAGCAAAAGCCAGGGCGUCCUAUGGGCUGCGUCGGUCUGCAGAACCUGGGCAACACUUGCUACAUGAACUCGGCUCUGCAGUGUGUGAGAAGCGUCGAGGAGCUCACAAAGUACUUCCUCACGCACGAAGCUCACAAGGAGAUCAACCCGGAUAACCCGCUGUCCCAUAACGGUGAUGUUGCUGCGGCCUAUGGGCGCCUGCUGGAAGAGAUUUACAAAGAUCCCGCGCCGGGAUCGAUCGCCCCGCGGCACUUCAAAAGCAUCAUCGGGCGGUAUGCCCCUGCAUUUUCUGGGUACGGGCAGCAGGAUUCACAAGAGUUCCUCGGCUUCCUGCUUGACGGACUACAAGAGGACUUGAACCGCAUCAAGAAGAAGCCAUACAUUGAGAAGCCGGACUCGACAGACGACAUGAUCAACAACCCGGCAGCAGUCCGCGAGAUGGCUGCCAAAGUUUGGGACAUCACCAAAAAGAGGGACGACUCGGUUAUUGCUGAUCUCUUCACCGGCAUGUACAAGUCCACCCUCGUGUGUCCCGUCUGCGACAAAGUCAGCAUCACGUUUGACCCCUUCAACAACCUUACUCUCCCGCUCCCGGUGGCCAACGUCUGGUCCCGCACCGUCAGGUUCUUCCCUCUUAACGAUGCGCCGGUGGAAAUGGUGGUCGACAUCGAUAAAAACAGCAGCAUUAGGGUGAUGAAACAGUACAUCUCCGUCCGGGUUGGAGUUCCGGUCGAGCGUCUGUUUGCCGGCGAGGAAUUUCAUGGCAAAUUCUUUAAGCUGUACGACGACGGGUCUGCAGUUUCCGAGGAAAUCCAGUCCAACGACGUCGCUGUCGUGCACGAGCUCGAAGCCGCCCCGACCAAUACCUCUGGAUUCAAGAAGCAGGGCAAGAAGGAACGGCGGAGGUCACCGUCAUACGACGAAGAUGAUACAUCCCCGGUGGAGGAUCCCAGGACGGAGCACAUGCUCGUCCCGGUCCUCCAUCGACUGGACCCCCAGGAACCGUCGUAUCGGAAGCGAUAUGGGCGGAAGGGAAGCGAUGGCACGCCACCACCACACUUUAUCAUCCUGACGCCGGAGGAGGCUCGUGACAUGGAAGCUAUUCGCCGCAAGAUUUUGGAGAAGGUGGCCACCUUCACAACGUGGUCCCAGCUUGCGGAGGCUGAGGAUGCUGACGUUGCCGAGGCGACGGACCCGGAGAUGGUUAACAUGGCGGCAUCAGACGUGGACUCGUCAGGUAGCUCUAAGAUUGUUGCCAAGUCGGUUGAGGGCGAGGACGACAUGAUCGAUGUCACGAUGCAUGAUGCAGCUGAUGCACAAAAGGGAUCGGCUGCCGCGCCGUCUGAAGGAUCGUCUCACGUGCUGAGGCGGUUCAACCACCGACGGCCCAAGUGGGUCAAUCCUCUCGAGUUCCUCGACCCAGAGCUGCAGAACCUCUUCGACUUGGCCUACUUCCACGAGUCAGGUACAGCCGUACCCACUGGCUGGAGUUCGACCACCGAUGAGGCGCCUCUGCCUCGGUUGAGCUCCAGGCAGCCUAAGGUGGCCGUCUCGGACACCGAGAUGCGAAGCCCUGAAGCGGCGGAUGCAACCGAUGAGAGUGGCAGCGAAGAUUCUGGGAUUGCUCCCACGGUCACGCGCAUGAAUGAUGAGUCCAGCGACGGGGACGAUUUUCUCAAAGCCAAGGGGAAGGCGGCCAGGACUUACGGGAAACAGGGCAAGAGACGCCACGAAAAGCAACGUCUCGGGCGCUUGCCGAAGCCGGUGUCUGAGACGACGCUGGAAACAGAGGAUUUCCUUCCUGGAGGUCCUUUGAUUCGCCUUGGCGAAGGCAUCAUGGUUGAGUGGAGCGAGGCAGCGUUCGAUUAUGUCUUUGGCGGCACAUCACAGAAUGAUAUGCGGGGCACCAGGACGUACGUCAACCUUCCGACACUGGAAGAUCCCGCCUUGGAAGCCAAGCAGAAGGCGCGGCAACUGCGUAAGAAGCACGGCAUUGCCCUGGACGACUGCCUGGACGAGUUCGAGAAGGAGGAGAUCCUUUCGGAACAGGAUACCUGGUACUGCCCUCGCUGUAAAGAGCAUCGCCGUGCCAGCAAGAAGUUUGACCUCUGGAAGACGCCCGACAUUCUCGUGGUCCACCUCAAGCGCUUCAGCUCUAGUGGUUGGCGCCGUGACAAGCUUGAUAUCCUUGUGGACUUUCCCGUCGAGGGGCUGGAUCUGACAAAGCGCGUCAUCGACAAGGAGACCGGCAAGCAGGAGAUCUACGACCUGAUCGCUGUGGACGACCACUGGGGCGGUUUGGGCGGCGGCCACUACACGGCCUUUGCCAAGAAUUUUGUCGACGGCGAGUGGUACGAGUACAAUGACGCCACGGUUACGAAGCUUAAGGACACUUCGAGGGUGGUAACAUCUGCCGCCUAUCUGCUGUUCUACCGCCGCCGCUCAGAUGUCCCCUUGGGCGGACCGAGAUUUCAAGAGAUCUUCGACCGCUUCAACAACCAGGCCAACCCCGACGGCAAUGUUUCGGAUUCGGGGGAAGGCCAGCGUCUCGGCCUAGGCUCCUCCCGACGUGGAUCGCCGAGCGCUUUGACCGGAGCAGGUCCAACUCUCCCUCGCGAAGGUCGUGGCUGGGGUAGGCGCGGCGACGACAACGACACAGACAUGAGCGCGUGGAGUAACCAGGACGCAAUCCACAACAGCAUCGAGGGCGACGGCGAGGACGAGGGCAUCGGCCUCUCGGAAUACGACACGGCCGGCCUUGCUGGCAUGACUUCGGUCAUUGGACCCAGCAACUGGAGCUUUGACAACCUCGUCGCCAAGCCCGGUUCUGAGGCCGGCGACGACGUUGACAUUGCCAGCGACGUCGCGCAGAAUGAUGGUUCGUCGGUCAACGGCGAUGUCUUUGAGGACGUCGCAAUCGUUGGUGGUGGCAGCGGCGACAUGGAGAUGCUCCUGCAACAGGAGGAGCCUGGCGCGCGCUAUGCCGAGGGCUCCGAGCCGGCGAUCGAGUUCAGUGAUGACUUCCAAGCCAUCGUGCCGGCGUCCUCGUCCUACAUCAGCCGGAUGGCCGCCGAGACGUGGGUCAGGCAGCAGACGAUCCAUACUGUCCCGCCCGUGGGCGAGCUUGGCGCCGACGAUGACGCGGCCAGCGAUAAGGUCGCUGAAAUUCAUGUCGUGGAGCCCGAAGAGGAUCGACAAGAGGAGGCGCCGGCGCCGGCGGACCCGCGUGCGUAG